UUGUUGUAGGAGAAAAAGUAGAAAAGAAAAAGUCUGAAUGUGAUACAAUUAUCCAACACGUAUCCUCUUGCAUGUCACCAUAAUAGCCCUUCUCAAUCUCACACCACACCUCUCCUUCAUUACCUCUCUUUUCCCUCGAUCUCUCUCUCUCUCUCUCUCUCUCUCUCUCUCUCUCUCUCUCUCUCUAUCUCUCUCUCUCACACACACAACGUUCAAACCUUCAGGCAUGGCGGACCAAUAUCCAAGCCCGGCCCAAGCCCAGGCCCAGAGACCCUCCCUCUCUGCCGCGUUCCUCCAAAAGCUCCAAGACCGGGGCCCCAACUCUGCCCACCUGGGCGGCAUCUUCACCCUUCUCGUAACCGCCUCCGUCUUUCUCCUCCUGGCGGGGCUCACCCUCACAGGCGCCAUUCUCGGCCUCAUCUUUUUCACGCCUCUAAUCAUCGUCUCAAGCCCCGUCUGGGUUCCAGCCACCAUCAUCUUGUUCGUCAUCACCGCGGGCUUCUUCUCCGUCUGUGGAUUCGCGGUGGCCCUUGUCGCCGCCUUGUCCUGGACGUACCGCUACUUCAGAGGCCUCCACCCACCCGGUUCCGACCGGGUCGACUACGCCCGGAGCCGCAUAUACGACACCGCCAGCCACGUCAAAGACUACGCCAGAGAAUACGGUGGCUAUUUGCACAGCAAGGUCAAGGAUGCAGCACCCGGCGCCUGAGGGACCCACCCGAUUACCAUUAGGUGUGUAACUGUGUAACUCGAUUACCUUAACCUUUGUUAUUCUUAUGAUGCUGUUUGUGAUAUGCUUAAUUAUUCCCUCCACGUGUAUCUUUAGCUUCAUCUGAGUCAGAAUCACCUGCCACAUGUCUGUUUCGUCUCUCUCUGUCGGUUUCUGUUUUAGAUUUCUUAAUGCAGAAUGUAGUUGUUAGUCUUAUAAACUUGGUCUGUUUUUUUUCUUUUUUUUGCUCUCAUGAAAACCAUGAAAAGGGAAAUAAAGAGAUGCAGAAAUGAAAUGGAAGAAAUGUGUAUGAUGACAA